CGCACCCAAGGGACAAAGCGUUUCUGCUUCCCUAGAAAACCAAACGUGUCCCUGUUCUUUGACCUGCGACCCAUCUUCCGCACAGCUGCAAUCAUCCAAUUCCACCUGCACUCACCUACCUUACCUCAAAACAGUCGCAAUCAUGUCUGGCGCGCCGCGCGUUGAGCUCAGCAACACCGAUCUCUCUGAUCUCGCUGACCUAACCAUGCAACCUGCCAACCGAAUGGGAGACGCCCAAUCUCCAAUGGUAAACCAGAACGGAAGCGCAAAUCAGGCUUCGACGCAGCAGACUGCAGGUGACGCAAAGAACAGCAUCCUGGAGUCAGCACAGAGCACCAUGGCUUCCAUCCAGAACCACCCUUCCGUGCAGAACGCAAAGGAGACAGUCCUUAACGGACCUGUCGCUCAGCAGGCCAAGGCAGAGGGCGCAAAGACUCGCGAUGAGUUCGCCGACCUUGCCAACUCCAAGCAGAUUCCUGAGCAGAAGACCGCUACCGGCCAGAACCUCACCCACUAUCACAGCAUGUUCUACCGCCUCUUGAGCUGGAAGAACCCCCGCGCGACCGGUAUCUCCUUCGCCGCCGCUGUCGUCUUCAUCUUCGCCGCCCGUUACCUGAACGUCAUCCGCUACAUCAUUAAGCUUACCUGGGUUGUGCUUGGAAUCACCGCUGCGGCAGAGGUUGCUGGACAGGCUGCUCUUGGCAAAGGCCUUACUUCGCAGUUCAGGCCGCGCCAGUACUACACUAUCCCCAAGGCUUCGCUCGAGCGUCUGCUCGACGACGUUGAGCAGCUCAUCAACUUCUUCGUGAUUGAGUCUCAGCGCAUUGUCUUUGCCGAGAAUGUCUAUGUUACCAUCGCCGCAUUCUUCGCUUCCCUCGUCUCCUACUUCCUCAUCAAGUUCGUUCCCAUGUGGGGUCUUGCCCUUAUUGCUACCGUCACCGCCUACCUUGGCCCGCUCGUCUACCUCCAGAACAAGGAGGUCAUCGACGCCCAGCUCGAGAAGGGCAGAAGCCUUGCCAGCCAGCAGGCUACCCAGAUCAGGGACCUUGCCAGCAAGCAGGCUGCCAACGCUUCCCAGACCGUUCAGGGUUUCACACAGCAGUACACAACCAAGGCACAGGAGACCAUCAACCAGUACCGUGGACGCUCUCCCUCUGCUGAGGUCAAGAAGGAGGACUUCCCCGCUGCCCCCAAGACUGACAUCAAGAGCGAGCCCGCUGUCGAGAUUCCCACAAAGCACGAGGGCGAGCCCCCUCUGGUUCCCCAGACCGCUUUGUAAGCAUCUCUGCUUUCGCACAUUGCUAUUCUACUUAGUUAGAGCUUGUGAUGUUGCAAGACCCGGCCACCCUACCCUCAGUCGAAGGCCACCGACACCCCGCACAUUCGCACAUACAUCUUAACGACGACUUCGGAUGACGAUUCCCAUGCUUGGUCUCUCACGACAAUCACGAACGGUUCAGAUUGGACAUAUCCAGCGCUUGUACAUCAUCUUCCUCUAAAAGCUGAUUCGUCACCUACUUUAGCGUUGAUAUACUUUUCCUCCUUCCCUUCUUCUUUUCCACCCGUAUUCGCGGGUUCACCGGUGUGAAUGAAGGACAUACAAAGUCACAGGCAUUCAGGAGUUGGUCUUUGUCAGAUACUGUCUCGGGCACAGUAAUUAUAACUCAACAUUCAAGUAUACACUAUGUUGCUGCCGUGCUUCUUUGU